AUGAAUUAGAUUAUUUUGAUAUCAAUAAUAAUUUCAAUUACUUUAGCUUGCUCAUCGAAAUAAUUAAGAUGUGAAGACCUGCUUGAUUAGAUUUCAUGCUAGUCUGUUUCAUCUCGCAUGGCAACAUGUUAUUGGAACUCAGAAACAAGUUAAUGUACAGUAUUGAAAGCCAAAUGCCAUUAUUAUGAUAAUUAAGAUGAAUGUAUGAGAUAGGAUGGGUGCGGUUGGAAUGAAACUCAUUGUGAUAAAAUUAUGAAGUAAAGAUAAACUUAUUAUUUAAAGAAAAAUCAAAGGAAUUACAUGUGAUGAGUUUAAUUCAUAUGAAUCAUGUGUUAAAGUAUACUCAACUACCUUAUCAUGUACUUGGGAACACAAUAAAUGUAUACCAAUAUCUGAAUGCAGUGAAAUCAAUGAUUAUAUGUAAUGCAGAAAUGCAAAACUAAAGGAUAGGUAAUUAUUUAAUAUAUAGCUAGAUGCCAAUUGGUUAUCAAUGGUAAGGCAUCAUCUAUGCAAAAGCAAUAUUUUUAUUUUGGAGAUCUAUUCGAUGAAUAUGAAUGUAGAGCAAAGGAUUGCAAAUAUAAUUUAAAUUCGUUAUAUUGUCCAAGCUUUGUGAAUGGAAGAAGAUGCUUCCAUUAUUUUGGUGAAUGUACUUAAUGCUCUUAUUUAACAAAUAAAAGCUCUUGUUUAGAACCAAAUCAAUGCACUUGGGAAAAUGGUGUUUGCAGAAAUAUAUUGUAUUUUAUAAUGAAUACAUUUUAGAUGUUCUGAUCUCAAAGGAAAAGAAUAAUGUUUAUAAAAACCAUAUUGUUAAUUUAAUGAUGCCAGCUUAUAAUGUGACACAAGAACAGACAACGAUUUAUAUUGCUAUGCUUACAAUAUUACAUCUGAUCCAGUUAAAUCAAAAAAAAAAUAAGAGAUUUGA